AUGUCUGAUGAGGAAAUUGCCGCACUUGUUGUUGACAACGGAUCCGGUAUGUGCAAAGCCGGAUUUGCUGGAGAUGAUGCUCCCCGUGCUGUCUUCCCCUCCAUUGUCGGCCGCCCCAGACAUCAGGGCGUUAUGGUCGGCAUGGGACAGAAAGACAGUUACGUUGGUGACGAGGCCCAGAGCAAGAGGGGUAUUCUCACCCUGAAGUACCCCAUUGAGCACGGUAUUGUGACCAACUGGGAUGACAUGGAGAAGAUCUGGCAUCACACCUUCUACAAUGAGCUGAGAGUUGCCCCUGAGGAGCACCCUGUCCUGCUCACAGAGGCACCCCUGAACCCCAAAGCCAACAGGGAGAAGAUGACCCAGAUCAUGUUCGAGACCUUCAACACACCCGCCAUGUACGUUGCCAUUCAGGCUGUGCUGUCCCUGUACGCCUCUGGUCGUACCACCGGUAUCGUCAUGGACUCCGGUGAUGGUGUGACCCACACAGUGCCCAUCUACGAGGGCUACGCCCUGCCCCACGCCAUCCUACGUCUGGAUUUGGCCGGCCGUGACCUCACAGACUACCUCAUGAAGAUCCUGACAGAGCGUGGCUACUCAUUCACCACCACAGCAGAGAGAGAAAUCGUGCGUGACAUCAAGGAGAAGCUGUGCUAUGUCGCCCUGGACUUCGAGCAGGAAAUGGGUACCGCUGCCUCAUCUUCCUCUUUGGAGAAGAGCUACGAGCUGCCAGACGGGCAGGUCAUCACCAUCGGCAAUGAGAGGUUCCGUUGCCCCGAGGCCCUCUUCCAGCCUUCCUUCCUUGGUAUGGAGUCCUGUGGCAUCCACGAGACCACUUACAACAGCAUCAUGAAGUGCGACGUUGACAUCCGUAAGGACCUGUACGCCAACACUGUGUUGUCCGGUGGUACCACCAUGUACCCUGGCAUUGCUGACAGGAUGCAGAAGGAGAUCACAGCCCUGGCCCCAUCCACAAUGAAGAUUAAGAUCAUUGCCCCACCUGAGCGUAAAUACUCUGUCUGGAUCGGAGGCUCCAUUCUUGCUUCUCUGUCCACCUUCCAGCAGAUGUGGAUCAGCAAGCAGGAGUACGAUGAGUCCGGCCCCUCCAUCGUCCACCGCAAAUGCUUCUAAACAGACUGUUCCUCCUCCCCUUCCCCCAACAAAAUGCCCAACAUUUUCAGCUCUGUGCAAAACU